AUGAACAGCAAUCAAAAGUUUUCACAGACUUUUUCAAGCACCUCAUCAGGAAGUUUUUAUAAAGACCCAAAAAGUCCGAAACCAAAUAUAGCGAAAGAAUUAAGUCAAGUUGAACGAAGGGUCUUUGAAUACUCCAAAACGUUAAAUCAAAAAAUCAGUGAUUUUUCUGCAAAAUCACCCAAAAAAACUCCGAAUUUUGAAGAUUCUGAUAGCUGGGAACUCCAUAAAGCAAUUCUUAAAAGGGGAGAAGACUAUGCAAAAUUUGUUCUGGCUCAAAAUAGAGGGUAUGACCCUCAUGGAGAAGUAGAAAAGGUCAACCAAAAUAUAAAAAACGCUUUAAAUUCGCUAGAAGAUAUAAGAAAUGAUGAGCAAAAAGGACUCCAAAGAAAAAUCACUGAGCUUAACGGCGAUUUUAAUAAAAAGGUAGAAGAUUUAGAAAGGAAUUUGUUGAGGCAAAUAGAGAAACUGAAGUAUGAGCUUAUGGAUAAUAUUAAAAAAGAAGAAAUUGAGUCUAGCAAGCGAAUAAAAGCAAAGGCAGAAGAAAUCAUUGAAAGAGUGGCGCCUGCUAAUCAAAGGGAAACAAUUGAACGAGCGUUGAGACCAAAUAAUUAUAGCUCAACCCCUCAGAAAUACAGAGGGAGUCCCGAAAAGAAGUAUCAAAGCCAAAUUCUCCAAGAAAAAGUUGAGUCAACCAGGGAAAAAGUCAAAGAAAUAAUGGAGCAGCCUAUAACGCCAAUUCGUCCGAGAAAAAGAGAAUAUAGUGAAGGAUGCAAUACAAGAGAAAAUUCCUAUAGGAGUUUUUCUUCGUAUUCGAAAAGUCCUGCGACACCUAAGCCUGUAAGUUCGCUGACUGAGUAUAAGAAUUCAAUAUUGAAUUCUGUAUCACCAAGUAAAGAGAUCUUUAAAAGCAGUCCUGAAAAAUCACCAAUUAGCCGUUAA